UUGCUGCAGGCUGAAGAGCACCUGCCGGAGAGUGACGGGCUGAAUGUGCAUCCUAAGGGAGAGUCUGAGUCAGAAUGAGAGGAACAUUUUUGUUCUGAAACCUUUUUGCGAAACCGCAUGGAACAAGUGUUACGGACGAGGAGUGAACUAAAGGCAGCCUGCAGGAUGGGAGGAGAGGAAGUGGCUGAUUCAGGCCUCUUGAUGGAGGAGGAUGUGGAGGUCGAGUUAGACUCUGGGUUUUGCAUGGAAGCAGAUUCAGAGCUGAGUGAAGCGGGACGGGUGAGUGCAGGCUCUGAUGAAUGUCCAGACACGGAGGAGCUGGCCUGGUUUUUGAUGACCGGGCACAUUGACGAUGAGGAGCGAAGAGAGGGACGCACAGGAGAAGAUGUCCGGGGUCAAACUCAAGAGGAAGGAGAGAUAGAUGCUGACUCAGAGUCAAAAAAAGAGCCAAAAAAAGUAAAAAGUGUGUGUUUGUCAGCAGAGGAGAGUUGGGGUCAUGUGCGGAUUUCUCUGGAGGAGGUGGAAAGAUACUACAGAUUUUCACGCUACUGCAGAUGGCUGCAUGAUGAAAUCAUGGAGCUGGACAGCAGCCCUCUCCACGCUGUCGACAUCACCCCUGACCUCAAGAAGCAGUUCGCCUUCCUCUCAGGGGGUAGAGGAGAUCAUGGCAGCCCAAUCAUUGUGUUCCCAGAAUUCCCUGCAUUUGGAGACAUCACAGAUAGAGUGUUUCACAACGUGCUGACCUACCUGACAAGUGUUCCCAGUUUGUUAUCGACAGGCGUGGGUUUCAUCCUGGUCAUUGAUCGCCGGCAAGACAGAUGGGCAGCUGUUAAGGGGACCCUGCUUCGUAUUGCAGGCUCCUUCCCAGGGAACCUCCAGCUGGUUCUGGUUCUGAGGCCCACUGCCCUCCUGCAGCGCACGCUGUCCGACAUCCUCUUCAAGUUCAACAAGGAUGAGUUCAAGAUGAAGGUGCCGGUGAUCAUGCUGAGCUCAGUAACUGAGCUGCACUCCUACAUCGACCGCUCCCAGCUGACCAAUGAACUCGGGGGAACGCAGGAGUACUGCCAUGAGAAGUGGAUCUCUCACCGCACUGCUAUUGAAGACUUUGCGCUCACGGUAAAGAAAACGGCACAGACCCUGCAGUCAUUUGGGACGGAGCUGGCCGAAACUGAACUCCCCAACGAGAUCCAGGCCACAAUCGUCCUGCUCAGCACUCACACCAACAAGAAAGACAAAAUGAAGGAGGAUCUGCUGGUGGCUCUGGGUCAGGGCAGAAGGCUGUUGGAGAGCAUCAAUGAACCUGUAGCACGAGACCCCGACCACAACAUGAACCAGGAUGAGCUGGAGAAUUUAGCCACUGUACAAAGACUGCUGUCUCAGCUGGAUGAGACAGAAAGGGCUUUCGAUGAGUUCUGGGUGCGACAUCACACCAAAUUGGAGCAGUGUCUCAAACUGCGCCACUUUGAGCACAACUACAAAGAGGUGAGGGCUCUGCUGGAUCAGGUGUCUGAGAAACUUGCAGCCUUCUCUGAGGUCGGAAUCAGCCCAGCUCACGAUGAGCACAUCGUCUGUGAACUCACAAGUUAUGAGGAGAAAGUCUGUGAGGUGCUGGACCGAGCCUCAGCUUUGUCUCGUGAGGGCGACGAACUCAUCGAGAACUCACACUAUGCUGAAGACUCCAUUCAGCCCAAAUGCAGCGAGCUCAGAGCAAUCAGUGAGAGCGUGAGCAGCAGCCUGAGGGCCAAGAAGGAUCAUUUCCUCAAAGCCAUGGAGCUGCAUCACUGUUUGCAGAGGGCCUCUAAAUGGGUUGAUGACGGUAUAUACCUGCUGGCGUCUCAGCCGGUCGACAAGUGUCAGUCACACGAGGGGGCUGAGUUAGCGCUGCAGGAGCUGGAGCGUUAUCUGGAAAACGCAGGCCUGAACCAGCUGACAGACCUGGAAACCAUCUGGAAGGAAUAUGAUGCUGUGCUCAACCAGCAGUUCAAGGACCAAGUGGAGAGGAUUUCCCAGAAGCAGGCGUCCAUGCAGGAGAUGUUUGACAAGAGGAGGGUGAGCCUGAAGAAGCUCGCAGCCAAACAAACCAGGCCGGUGCAGCCGGUAGCUCCCAGACCGGAGGCCUUCAUCAAAUCCCCUCUCAGCUCACCUGCUCACAGAGCACAGCAGGAGAAAAACUCCUCAGAGACAGACACUGGGAACAACUGUGAGAAAGGAAAUGGCCAACUGCAGAACGGAGACAGUAACAGCCGACAUGCCUCGCUGUCCGAGGAGGAGGAGAACCUGGCGGUUCUCAGGAGGCAUGUUAUGAACGAGCUGCUGGAAACUGAGAGAGCCUAUGUGGAGGAGCUGCUCUGUGUGUUGCAGGGAUAUGCCUCAGAGAUGGAUAAUCCCGCCAUGUGCGUCCUCAUCCCCGCUCCGCUGCAGAACAAAAAGGAGGUUCUGUUUGGCAACAUGCCUGAAAUUUACCACUUCCACAAGAGGACUUUUCUGCGGGAGCUGGAGCAGUACACCGACUGCCCUGAGCUGGUUGGAAGGUGUUUUAUAGAGAGGAUGACAGAUCUGCAGAUCUAUGAGAAGUACUGUCACAACAAGCCUCGCUCUGAAAGCCUCUGGAGGCAGUGCUCAGACUGUGCCUUCUUCCAGGAGUGUCAGAAAAAGCUGGAGCAUAAACUGGGUUUAGAUUCUUAUCUGCUGAAGCCGGUUCAGAGGAUUACCAAAUAUCAGCUACUCCUGAAGGAAAUGCUGAAGUACAGUAAGGGCUGUGAGGGGACAGAUGACCUGCAGGAGGCGCUGACCUCCAUCCUGGGCAUCCUGAAGGCCGUCAAUGACUCCAUGCACCUCAUCGCCAUCACCGGAUAUGAGGGUAACCUGAGUGAGCUGGGGAAGCUGCUGAUGCAGGGGUCGUUCAGCGUGUGGACGGAGCACAAGAAAGGUCACGCCAAGGUCAAGGAUCUGGCCCGUUUCAAGCCCAUGCAGCGGCACCUGUUCCUCCACCAGAAAACCCUGCUCUUCUGCAAGAGGAGGGAGGAGAAUGGAGAGGGCUAUGAGAAAGCUCCGUCGUACAGCUUCAAACAGUCUCUGAAUAUGAGCGCUGUGGGCAUCACUGAGAAUGCAAAGGGAGACAACAAGAAGUUUGAAAUCUGGUGCAACUCAAGAGAUGAGGUUUAUAUUGUUCAGGCACCAACAACUGAAGUAAAAACCACUUGGGUGAAUGAGAUCAGGAAGGUUCUGACAACACAGCUGGAGGCGUGCAGAGAAGCCAGCCAACAGAAGGCACCAGAUCAGGUUGUCCAGUCCACUCCUGCAUCUAGUGGAACAAUAAGUCACAGUCCGUUCAAGACGAGUCAGAGGAGCUUUAAGAAGGGAGAGGAGAAGAAAGCUGAGCCCUGCAGCCCUGACGUCAACUCCUCCUCCUCCUCCUCCUCACCAAAGCCCACAGGAAAAGACGAGGCUGCGACAAGCCCGACCUCAGACAGAGCUGCUGCGGCUAAAAAGCGCUUUACUUUGCAAGGUUUCAGUAACCUCAAAGCUCAGAAAGGAUCCCCGACGAGCCUUGACCACAAGACAAAACGCCAGAGUGACCCGACGCCAUUUGGCUUCAAAGAUCCAGGUCCUCCCCCCCUCCACCUGAGCAGGGCCAGGUGGUUCAGCACCUCUUGUCUCUUACAGACAAAGUGGAGAGGCUGGAACAAAGCUUCCCUGUCAUUGGAUGCCUCCGAGGAGAAUGACGGAUAUUCCAGCGCCGAGGAACCUCUUAACUCUGACCCAGAGGACGACAGCGGCAAGAAGCUGAGUGCUGGGAAAUACACGGUGACGGUCGACUACGAGAACGGCGGCACUCAAGAGCUCCCAGUGAAGAGUGGAGACAUGGUGGAGCUGGUCAAAGAGGGAGAUGACGGACAGUGGUUUGUUCGUAAUCUGAGCACCUCUAAGGAGGGAUGGAUCGCUUCUGCUAAUCUUAUCACCCUCAUCAGAAAGUCCAAGUCUUGUCAGUCUCUCACCAGCUCGGAAGGCAGCGGCUCUGGAAACAUCAGCACGUCGUCCAGCUGCAGCGAGACCUACGCAAGCUUCUCUGACAUCAAACCCUGAACUCCUCGGCACUUCCUCCGUCGCUGAACUGCUUCACGUGUCUCUGUGCUGUAACGCCACCAUCAGUACUCAUAAGCGUUUUACUAAGGUUUCCACAGAAAGCUGUAUUUUCAUCGCCACAGAUCUGACUGUGGUGUCAUUGUACAGUGAAGAUACGGAAAUAUGUCACGUCCGGUAAACUCAUAGUGUCGUAUUCUUCCUCUAUACACACACUUGUCUGUUCAUUUUAUUUUCAAUGCAGGGUCUGUGUGAGUGUAAUGUAAUAGAUGUAUGAAUGGGCCAGCAGGACUGAUCUCAGUUAAUGCAUCUAUCAGUGUCUCGUUCAAGAUGAGUGAUUAGACGUGGAUGACGUUGUUGUUUACAUUCCCACCAUUACUGCUACAGCUUGUUUAGUCUAAUCACCUCUCUGUCCUGCUUAUUUGUCCUUUUAUUUAUUUGUAAGAGACGAAAAUGCCCGCAUAUAAUUAGUAAAUUUUUGAUUUACUCCAAUCUCUUUUCCUUUCUUACAUCUUUCUCUUUUCGUCUGUCCGUUGUCAUUGGAAACAUGUACCGCCACCAGCUGUCUGAACUUUUGUGUCCGAGCUCUUCUCUUUAUCUCCUCUGUGGGUUUUCAUGUUCGCUGCAGAUUAAAGGUGUUUCUCCGUGUGAAUAAUCAGAAAUCACUGUAUAGUGCUAACUUAUUCCCAGUGGAGGGAUCAUGUUCUGAAUGUAGAUAUUGUUUAUUAAUGUGCAUCUGUCAUGAAAUGUUUGUUACUGAUGAGAUGAUAUAUUGUACAUGAAGUUUGGUGAUGUCACUACUUUGUGACGUGUCCUACAAAGGUUUUUAUAUAUAAACAACUUGUGAUAAUACAA